CGGCGGUCCCGGGGCUCCUUUGCCCGGCCGCUGCGGUUACUUCGUGGAGCGGAAGAAGCGGUUCUGCAAAAUGAUCCCGGCUGAGGGGAAACGCUUCUGCGGGGAGCACGGGCAGCAGGAGGAAGAAAAUGACAGGAAAAGAAUUCCAUGCCCUCUUGACCCAAAACACACAGUAUAUGAAGAUCAAUUACAAAAACAUUUAAAAAAGUGUAAUUCAAGAGCAAAGCCAAAGCCUGCCUACUUUGUUCAAGAUAUUAAUGCAGGAUUAACAGAUGCAACGGAAGUACCUGAAGAACAGCAGUUACCAAUUUCUUCCCUAUCUAAAGAAGAAUUAGAGGACUUAAUUAGAAAGCUGAAAAAAGCAAGUAAAGGUAUAAAGCCAAUUCUUAAGGAUCAAAUGUUGUCCCAUCAGGCCUUACAAGAAGCCUUAAAUGACCCUAAGAAUGGAGAGUCUGCUUUCAAGCACUUGAAGCAACAGGCUUCUAUUUUAGGUUACAUGGAAAAAUUACAUUUGCUUGGGCCAGGAAGAUGUUUUAUUGAGUUUGGAGCUGGACGAGGAAAGCUGUCUCACUGGGUUGAUAUUGCUGUACAAGAUGCUGAAAAUGUUCACUUUCUGCUUGUUGAAAGAGCAACUACACGAUUCAAGGUAGAUGGUAAACACAGAAAAAGAGACUACAUAUUUGAAAGGCUUCAAGUUGAUAUCCAGCACUUAUGUUUAAAUAAAAUACCUAUUCUUGAGAAAGAAAAGCUUCCUGUGGUAGGAAUUGGAAAGCAUUUAUGUGGUGUGGCAACAGAUCUUGCUCUGAGAUGUUUGAUUGAAAGUUAUGCAACCCAAUGUAAUGAAAUAAAUGAAGAACCUUCUCCUAAACGUUUCAGGAGUGAUAAAACAGACAUAGCUUUUAACAGUUCUGCUGAUAAAAGGAGUGGAAAGAAUGUUACAGAAAACUGGAAGCCUGUGGCUGGAAUUGUUAUUGCACUCUGUUGCCAUCACAGGUGUCAGUGGAAGCAUUAUGUUGGCCAAGAGUUCUUUAGAACAGUGGGACUUGGGCCAGUGGAAUUCAAUUAUUUUCAGAGAAUGAGUAGUUGGGCCACUUGUGGCAUGCGAGAAACCAUCACUGAAGCCUCUACCAUUGAUGCAAAGAGCAAAGACCAUAGCAGUGAUACAGAAGACCAUGAGCAAGCACCCAACAGAAUUGAAUGCAGUCUUGAUAGUCUGCAAGGGCUACUUACUGUUGAAGAACGAAAGCAGAUCGGCCAUCUUUGUAAACUCUUGAUUGACCAUGGACGGAUCAGAUAUUUACAACAAAGAGGGUACAAUGCUGAAUUACAGUACUAUACAGAUUCUACUGUUUCCUUGGAGAAUGUACUCUUGACAGCUAAACCAAGUCAAUGUUCAGUACUCCAACCAACUAUGUAAUAGGAGACAGAUUUGGAAUGAGCAGGAUACAGAACUCUACAAAACACCUGGAUAUUUUAAAAACCUUAUUCACCGAUCCAGUACUUUUACAAAAUAAAUUUAGUCUUUCUGUACCUACAAAAGCAUUUUCUCUGUUCAGAAGUAGAAUUUGUUUUUCUCCAAUUACAAAAGCUCAGUUUGGCAGGUUAAUUAUUUUAUUCAUUAUUAUUAGUGGUGGCUGAAGCAACAGGUGUACAGUUUUCCAGGUUUUCUGAAAGACAAUAAGUUAAAAUGUAAGAAAUUUAUAUGCUUAAUAACCAGUCUCCAUUCUGAACAUCAUGAGUGUUUUUAUUUUGUUUUCUAUGCCUAUAAUUUCAUUUCAUGAAUUCUAACUGUGAAAUUGGCUGCAGAAAAACAUUUAGCUGGAAAUCAAAUGCCGCCUCAUUGUUUUAGUAAUUACAUUCCCAUCCAUAAAGCUUUUGACAUGGAGAGAAAUAAAAGCUAAAAUUGACAUGA